AUGAAUACAGGAGUGAACGUUAGUGUUUUCAGUUACACUGGGUGUUUCCCCCCUUCAUUUCCAUACAGCAGCUGUCUGUCAAUUUCCCUUUUAAAUUACACUAUCAAUUUUUUAAACCAAAUGUGCCAUGAGGACUAGCUAGAUUUAAUUUAAAAAAUCACUCUGGUAUGGAACUGGUUCUGUUCCAUGACAACUCGUGUGUGUGUAUAUAUAGAGAAAGCAGCGGCCAUCAGCAGUAUACGAAAUCACUCAAAUUUCCACUCCAACCAAUAGAAAUGCCUUGGGAGAUUUCAAAUCCAGUAGCCACAACACGUCAGGAGUGGCUCAUUCCGAGUGGCUCAUUCCUAAGGAAUGACACCCACUUUAACAAGUUUUCCACACAGCCUGGCUGGGUGAGAGAGCUGCUCAGGCAACUCUGAAACAGGCAAGAAUGUGUUGAGUAUUGCACUGUUGCAGCCAGAGCUCUGGCCCAGGGCAAUAAAUCAUGCCUCAGGACUGUUUGCCUUGGACUGGGAGGCCAGCUAGGGUUUUAGUGUACAGAUGAGAAGAACAGACAGGAGAGUAGGAGGCCAGGGAGAAGUAGUGUAGAGGCAAUGGCAGCCUUUUAUCUCCCCCAGACUCAGUAGUUUUUGUUGACCCUGUGAUGUGGACUAAAACUUUUUCACUAUUUGAAAGCCAUAGACCCCCUCCAUCCACUGCUCACUAUGGGUGCAAUAAAAUAGAACAGAAAGGAAAACAUACUAAAAUGGCACCACUUCAACCUCAUAUUCAUUAUCUCCAGCACCAAACCAGUGUCUACAUCUGUGGUUAAAAAAUGCUUCUAUGUGACAUCACAGUGUAGAAUUUAAAUGUAAGAAAGUGAGUUUCAAAACCUGCAACGAGUUUCUAGGCAGAGGGAGUGUAUUUUCUUGCCCACCAUGUCACCGCAAUCUGUGUUUGGAAAUCACUGUCAUUGGGUAUACCUUUUUUAACGUGAUAAUUUUCAAGAAAUGCGCCGCUUUCACAUAUGUAGACGGGCGACGUGGCCUACAAAUCAUCUAGAUUUUAAGCCUUACACAACCAUAAAACCUACAAAUAAUUUUAUUAUCAAAUUUGUUUUACCUGCUUUUUUGCAAUAAUCACUGAUCUGACUUUCAAGUACCCUUUUGUUUACAAAUUUAACCAGAACCAUGCAUAAUGCACAUUCACUAAUAAUGACACAUUUCUUGUAGCAGACAUUAUAGAAAAUGAACACAGGUCUCAUAAACAAUCUCUCAAGCACAAGCCCACAUGCUAGUGAGUAGCAAGCUAAUCUUUAUAUUUAAAGUAUAGCUAACUUGGAUCUAUUUGCUAGCUAACAAUAUAGAACAGUUGAAUUGUUAUGAACACACCCUUCUGUCCAUCUCCAACUGUUUGAACAGCAUGCUAGCCUGUCCACUUUGUUCAGAUGUUGAAAUCAAGUGGCCUACCUUAUUUCUCAGAAUGAGAACGAGUUGCCAAUUCCUUAUGUUUUUUUAUGCUUAUUGCACAUUUAUAAAACACAGACUACACCGCUAGUAUAACAGUAUGUGGCUAAAAUGCUUGUAGCGGAAUGUGGUACUGAACAACAGAAAUUGAGCAUACAUUUUUCAGAAUCAAUGUUCAGUGAUACUCCCAUUUUAAUAGGGUCUGCUCAGGAGGAGUUGCAAUUUGAUGAGUUGAAACAUAAAAAGGCUAUCGUUAGAAAGGUUAUGUUCUCCUCUAUGACAGUAAAAUAAUUGUUCAAUGUGUUUCGGUGUCCGUAUGACUGUUUCUGUUGGACCAAAUGCAAAUAGCGAGUUGAAAAUGCUUGUCAGAUCGGAAGAAGUGAUCUUUCAUCUUUGUUACUGUGAGUGGCAGGGGGAGGGGCUUGGUGUGUGGUGGAGGGACUUGGUGUGCAUGUAUAAAUGAAAAGGUGCACAGUCGCAGCAGAUGGGGGCGAAGGAGACGAUACCAAAAAGACAUGAGAACAAGCGAACAUAAACGCUCAUAAAAUUAUACAAAAUAAACUUGAUUCUUGUGAUACAGGCAUUUGGAAUAUCGUGCAAAAACAUUCAAAUUAAUUUGAUAUAUCAGCCAGCCCUAUGUAGACACUGGUUGGAGAUAAUAAAUAUGAGGUUGAAAAGUGGCGCAGUUGCAAUUUAAGUUUACAAUGGUGUGGAAUGUCCCUCAGGAUGUCACUUUUAUAUGUGCUAGUCAAUGCUGUCUGGACGGUACGGCAGGCUACUACUCCUAGGUCCUGUUCUCAUUAGAUUCAAUCAAAUUAGAAAAAAGAGUGCACACAGUGCUCUAAAUGGAAAUGUUAUAUUUCAUAAUAAAGUAUUGUUUUUUUCCCUGUUCAGAAACUCCUGGAGAGGACCCGUGCUCGCAGGGAGAACCUGCAGAAGAAGAUGGCAGAGAGGCCCACUGCUUCUAACAGACAGAUGGCCAAGAGAGCAAGGGAGCCUCUGGCUGAGACCUGCAACAGCCUGGUCACAGAGCCUGUCAUCGACAAAGGUAAGGAAGGCCUUCCUACAAAAAGAUCAUACACUUUUAUUCUCAAAGUGAUACAAUAUAAAAUACAUCAAUUAUUUGCGAGCACAGUGCUCCCUCUGGUUGCGAUAGUGAAUAUGGCAUAGAUUAGUUUUGUUUUAUUUGAAACCCCAGAUGGUUCCAUUAGCCUUCAGGAAGUGGUUGAACUUCUUGCCCUGCACGUGCACAGCUUUCCAUACAAGAAGCUUGACCAUUGAAACUGCUCAAAGAGAAUGAUCUGAUCAAAUCAGUGGGAUGGGUCUAGGGCUGUAGCUUUCCCUAUGCUGUGUACAAAUAUAGACAAAAUGGUGACAUUUCAGAUCGUAUGUAUAUCAAGUCAAAUACUUAUGUUAAUUUUGUGGAUUGGAAAUCUCCCAGUGUGUAAACUUAACUCAUGGUGUUUCUUACUUGACCCCCCAGCCCCCCACCAGUCCACCAAGCCCUCUCCCUCCAAGCGGAGUCGUUCAGGUGAACUUGACAAGCCCACCAUUAUUGGUGAGGAGAACAGAGCGCCUGCGAUGCCUCCUCGCACCCUGACCCCUACUCUGUCAGAUCCCCAGACUGACCGGAAGCCCCCAACGGGCCCAGCCAGCAUCCGCUCUGCCUCUUCUCUGGAGAGGGUGGAUGUCUGCCCUGGUGCUCCCGUUCCUGAACCAGAGCCCAUGGUGGCAGCACAGCUUGUCCCAGAGCAGGUCAGGGCCAGGGAGGUAGCGCGCCCUGCCCCAGAACCAGAGAAGGUGGCUGUGAGUGCUGCUUCACAGCCAGAGAGGACCAGGAAUGUGGAGGAGGUGCCUACUAGCCCAGUUCUUCAGAGGAACAGAGAAGAGCAGAGGGAGGCUCCCACCUCCUCAACCCCUGCUGCCAUGAAGUCUCGCCUGGCCAGACUGGCUGAACAGAGGCAGUACUGGGACUCUGAAGGUAAGGAGCAUGGCCUGUUGACUAGCUCGAUCAUUUCAUUUGUACAUGUAUUACCUGCUUAACCAUUAUAGAACACCUGACAAACAUAUUUUUUUACACCUUCUAAUAUCAGUUUAGAAAUAUACUACAACAAUCAUAUUAAACACAUAUUAGUGUUUUGGCCUGACAAAUUUGAAUGCGUAUGUUUUUCUCCUCCAAGGUACCUCUGACGAGGUUCCAGACAUCCCAGCAGCUCUGUCCCCAGUGAAGAGCCAGACCCAGCUGAGGCAGGCUGUAGCCUCGGUCCCCACACCCGACCCUGCUGCUGUGUCCUCAGAGGCCCCUGUGGGCAGGAAGGGUCGGCUGGCCAGCCUCGCUGCCACCAUUGGGUCCUGGGAGGACGACCUCAGCCACGCGGCCCCUCGCAGCAGAGACAAUCCACAAGGGAAGCCUGGUAGUGUCAGUACCGCCACCCCUGCUUGGAGGAGAGAGGCUGGUGCUGGAGCCAAACCCACCUCUGCUGCUGCAGACCGGCCACAAAUGAGUCAGUCAUCAAACAGCAAGCCUGCUCUGGACUCCAACCAGGUGAGUCAUAAUGCGACAGUUGACUUUGUUACUAAUCACGAUGUACAUAACUGUUGUGUGAUUAAUAUGUCAAUGCAUGGGAGAAACUGAUUAUAUAGAGCCAUUUUGAAUGUGAAAAAGAUUCAGAAGUAGAAAUUAAGAUAUUAAUUGGUGAUGCUUUGCAAGAAGGCGGUGUGCAGUAACAACUAAUUAUAAAUUGUUAUGUUCGACGCACAUACAGAAGACUGAGAUUUUCUGAACAGUUUGGUUAAUAAUUUCCCUCUUGCAUUUCUUCAGCAGCCUGUCAAGUCCACCAGAGCGGUUCCCCCCAGCCCCCAGAAGACUGAAGUACCUGAAGCCAGACCAGCUCUACGGACAGGCAGAGGUCUCCCCUCUCCUGUAUCUAGUCCCCAGAGGAGUUACCAGGGGAGAGCCUCAGCCUUCACCCCUAGCCCCCAGAAAGGCGCUCCCUCCUCAGCCUCACCUGUGCCUCAGAGCCCCCUGAAGAACCAGGCCCUGUCCCGAGCCCUGGAGGUCAACGCUAGCCCCAAGAAGCCCUCCACCACUGGACCCUCUGUCCUGCAGACCAGGGAGAGGUUCACCAAGGAGACCACCCCAGCCACUCCCCUGCAGCAGAGAGGCACAGCUGGAGCAACUGGAACUCCAGGUGUGCGAGAAUUAGCACUCAACUUAGCUUUGUUGUUUUUCUUAAGCUAAAGUCGACAGCUUAUUAGGAUGUUCUGAAAUAUCAGAUGUUUUAAUACAUAGUCUCUGCUCAUUUGACCAUUGCUGUGUUUCAAUGUCUAUAUCCACUUCCAUUGUCCUCCAAGAGUUACUGAAUAUUUUUCUCUUCUGUUUCUAACAGGUGUCAAGUCGUUCAUGGAGCGUUUUGGGGAGAGGCGCCAGGAGCGUUCUGACCUGAGUUCCCCUGCUACCAGCCAUGGAGCUGCCGCUCGUACCCCGACCGUAGUGAACCCGUCUGGGGCAGGCCUGACUGGUCGUACCCCUGUGGUGAGCCAGUCUGUGACCCCCAACACCAGGCUGGUGCAGGAGAGGCUGAGAGCUGCCCAGGCUGCCAACACCGCCACCGCUGACCUUGCACAGAAACAGAAACUGGUACUACAGUUCACUUUAUUUACCCAGACCUUCUACCGUAAUGUCUUUAGUUUUGCCUUUGUACGGCACUUUGGCAUUUAUUUUUGUAAUGAAUAGCUCUUUUUAAAAUUAAAGUAUUACAUGUAUUAUGACAUUUGUUUUGUGACCAGACUGAUGGAAAGUUGUCAUUUUCUUGUUUUGUAUUGCAGGAGCGUGAGUCGGAACUGGCUCAGAUUCGUAACCGCUUCCAGAAAGGGAACAACAUUUGGAAGAACAAGGAGGCGGCAGCAGACUCAAAGAAAAACACACAUGCCAAGGUUGGUGGUGAAGUAUAUUUAUUUCGACCAAAACUUCAUAUGUGCAGACAGGUGUAUGAUGGGCAACUGCAAAGCAGUUAUGAAGAAAAUGUUAAAUGAGCCUGUAAUAAUUUUUCUCAGGAUCUGAUUGAGCAGCCUGAGGAGAGACGGCCUGUUGUCUCCCAGCCUGAUGAUGAGCCAACAGCUUCCCCUCUGGAUAGCCUGAAUGCUGCACCCAAGAAACCCAAUGUACCUGCUGCCACCACCCCAACCUCCAGCCCUGUGAAGAGUGUAGAAUUCUCAGUGGAGAAGCCUUCUGAGGAAGAAACACAGGAGGAGGAAUCAGGUACUGUACUUACUAUCUUGAUCUUUCUUGAUUACACUGAUCCUAAAAAUGUUUAUUUGGAUGCUUUAAUCGGAUGCAAGUUCCAGAUUUUUUUUAUGUCCUAAGCUUUCGGUCAACAACGAUUUUAAUCAGAGCAGUCCUCUAUAUAAUCUAAGUUUACACUGAUGGCGUCACUAUAACAUCCCACUCACUAUUGUCUCAAUGCAGAUGAAGAAGAGAGUCAUGAGAUGAACGUGGACCAGUCCAACAACUCUGAUGUGAUCAACAACAACUUUGACGGGUUCCAUGACCAGAGUGGUGAGGAUGAGGAGGGUGCAGGAGACGAGGAGGAAGAUAAACUGAACAUCUCCUCUAUGUCCAUCCUGGCCCCCUUCUCUGAGACUGUGGCUGCCGUGGUCAAGAGCCCAGUGAGGAAAAUGAUGGUGAGUUUACAGUACAAAGCUGGAAACAAAAUGGAAAAAAUGCUAAGCAUACAAAGUAGAAAAGUCUUUCAGCUGUUUAAUGUCUUGGACUGCUUUUUAAUGCAAGCUUGUCAUAUUUUGUUUGCGCCCAUGGACUAGAUAGACUUAUGGCCAAAUAUGUAAUUUUUGGGCCAACCUAAUACUUUUUCAUGUAUAUCCCUGACAAGAUGUUGACCCCAGCCAGUUCAUUCAACGCUAAGAGCCAGACUCCUGACAGUGUGUCCAGACCCAGUAAGUUCCAGAGGGCUUGCAUGCUCCGGGCCGGGUCAUCAGACAGCCUAGAGACAGACAAACAUGAGGACCACAACCUGCCCUACAGGUAACCAACCACUCUCUAACCAGUUAAAGGCACAUACCCAAACUGGUGCCUUACUGAAUUCAUGGUAUCUCUAAUGUAACUGGCUGAGCUUCACCCCUUCAGCUGAUACAUCAACAACUUUUCUAUUUAUGUCAUUUAGUUUCACUGAAUUCAAGAUACGAACCAUAACUAUUUUCUCUUAGGUCAUUCAGAGACCCUUGUAUCCAGUUAACACCCUUUUGAUACUUUUAUGGGGUAUUUUUCACUGAAGCAAAGCAGCCUUCCUUGUUCACUCUCUCCAUAUGUUUUCCUUUCUCUUCCAGUAUUGAUGCGUACAGGUCGACCAGGAUCAAGGAGAGUACGGAGAGGCCCUGUGUGAAGCAGGUCAUUGUGAGGAAGGAGGACAUGUCUCGGAGAGCAGCAGAGGAACCCAGGAGCCAAGGACACACCAGCAUCAAACAGAAGAUGAAGGUAAAGGCACGGACAGACCGGUAGGAUUGUUGAGCAUCUGCUGGCCGAGAGUACUUAACACCUCUGAACAGAGUGCCGCUGUAAUUUUCUAACUGAUUCCACAUGUAGAAAUGGACGGAAAUUACGUCUGUUAAAUUGCCAAUGGCGGUGGUCUCUAUAACACACCGCACCAACAGUGGUCUGGUGCGUUUUCUCCAUAAGUGAGAUGGAAGCUGACUCUGUGACACAAUGCCAGAGCAAGAACAACUUACUUCAGAGGUGGCCCUGUCAUACUGUUAUUAAUAGUAAGGGAUCUAGUAGUAGAGUAUAGAAUCAAGUGUAAGUGCUCUGAGUGCAAAAUAUUCAUCUCUUGGGAUAUUUUCCCCUUCCUUCCAUGUAGGUUCUUCUGACCGCUGAUGUUGAUUUCCUCGUUCCAUGUGACCAAUGAGAUGUCGUCUUUCUGAUUCCUUGUAGGUUCUGACCAAUGAGAUGAACCUGCAGCAGACCGUGAUCAGCCAGGCCAGCCAAGCUCUGAACUGCUGUACGGAUGAGGAGCAUGGGAAAGGCUCGCAGGUGGAGGCAGAGGCUGAGAGGCUGCUGCUCGUAGCCAGUGAGUUCCCCUUCUACCCCUACAACAUGGGUGCACACACUGACAGCCAAUCCCAAUUUGCACCACACCCCUUGGGGAUCGGCUGUUAUAUUUUUAAGAUUAUCGACAUGCAUUUCGCUUAAACUUUCUUACACGUCUUUUUCUUGUCUCCCUCCAGCGGAGAAGCGGGGGGCUCUGAAGGCUGAGUUGGACCGUCUGAAUGGAGAGGGUCCUAGCGGUCAGAGGAGGGGGCAGGGUGGGGACAUGGGGGUUACAGCCUCCAAGGGAUCCAUCUCUCUCCUGGAGCUACGACUGCCCCUCAAAGCUGACUUUGUCUGCUCCUCUGCUAACAAGCCAGGUAGAGACCCAACACACAACAAUUGUGUUACUUGAUUAUCUCUUCUAACCACCUUUUUUAUUUGUAUUCUUUUGGUGAAUGACGUAUGUCUUUUGUAGUGUUUGUAAUGAGCCUGCAACCAAAUUGCCUUUGGGGACAAUACAGUUCAAUUGAUCUCCUGUUUUCCACAUCGUACUGUCAAAAACAAGAUAAAAAUUUACAUUGUUCAAUCCAAUUGUAAUAUACUUAAAGUAUUAUGUGUUAGACUGAACUCAUUACAUUUUCCACUUUGUAUCUGUGUUUAUUCCAGAGUCGUCAAGCCAUUACUUCUUCAUCAUGAUCCGUGCUGGAGCUGAGAAUACAGUUGCUACUCCCCUGGCCAGCACACGUAGCGCUAUCAGUGGAGACGCAAUCACCUUCUCUACCAAGUUCACCAUGUCAGUUAAACUGCACAGAUUCCCUCUCUGAAAUUCUGUAGAGUAGUACCACUGUCAUGCAUGUCAUGUCCUCUCUGUCAUACAUGUUCUAAUGCCUUCCUCUGUCUCUCUUCCGUUUUAGGCCUGAUGUCUCUAACGACUUUGCAAUUGAUGUUGAGGUUUACUGCCUGGUGAGUUCUUGCUGCUUUUUGUAAAUGCAAAUGUUAUUGUUUAAGGAGGACUCUGACUUCUUUGAGCUGAGAUAUUACUCACUUUAACCCUGUUUAUUUCCUUCAGGUGCAGAAGCGUGAGUUGAACCCUGACAAGAGGAAGAAGCCCAGCAAGUCAAAGGUAGUGUGAUUUAAUCAAAUAUGCCUUAACAAACUGUACAAUUCAGUUUAUUUAAUAUUUGACCUGGGAAUAGUCUUGUAUCUUUCCUUCUAGUUUCUGCUUGAAUACAGUGCAAUUGCUAUGUAUCAGAAUAUGCAUUUAGAGCAUUGCAUUUAGAGCUAUUUUCAAAAAACGUCCUGUCUCUAAGAUGAGAUGGUGUGGAGCCAUGUUCGAUUUGUGCUUGUCGGUAUGGACUGAUUUUAAAGCCCCACUCACCUUUUGGUGUGGGUGUACUGUAAUGUUACUACUCGGUAGUAGAACACAACUAACACAAGGCUUACCAGGCCCUGGGCCUACUGCUGCCAUCACACACAUUAGGCCUUCAGGCUCCUUCUUUCCAUUCCAACACACAGUGAAUGGUCUCUUUGAAAGGCUUUGUUCACAGCUCACAAUAGCAGGGUUGGCUUAGUCAGUGUUUUGAAAUACCCAUUCAUUCCCUUGUCUAUGUCCUGACGUAACCUUUUCUGAAACUCAAUCACCUUUUCUCUUUCUAGGCCAUCACUCCCAAGAGGUUCCUCGCCAUCUCUGUAAGCUUUCAUUCUUAUCAUCCUUCUCUAAUACACUGCCUUGUGGUUACAUACAGAAUGUUUGUUUGAACACUUAUCGGAUCUGUUCAGGGGGAUUGGUAGGAAUGAUCGCCACAUGGAAAAUGUAGAAUUGCAUCAAUGAAUGCGUUAUACUAUUAUUCUGUUACUGUUGUCAUAUAUGAUGUAUGCAGUACGUACAGUCAGCCAUCUUGAAAAUCAUUCUAAACAUGCCUCUCCUCUUCAUAACAUCUCUCUCUUUGCCCCUGUAGAAGAGCAGUCUGACUCCAGGUAAGGAUACUUUUUAAGUAACUGCUGCUAGUGGAUAUUUUUUAUGAAGGUUUUACUUGCAGUAAUUGUGAUGUGUGGUUCAGUCUCACCUACUUCAGUUGAACAGACUUAUUAAUUUUGCAAGUCUCUGUGGAUGUUAAUGUCUGCUAAAACAAAUAAUGUGUAGCUUAAACAACAAAUCCUCCUUUCUCUCUUUGCAGUGGUGGCCAGUCCUGGGGGCCCAAAUACAGUCCGCACCAGUAACUUUGUCCUGGUCGGGUCUCACAAGCUAACUCUAGCCUCAAUUGGGAAAAACAAGUUCCCAUUGGAGAAGGUAAAAUCCGAAGACUUUUGUAACAUUUUUAAAAACUUUAUUGAAAUGUUGUUCUGACUCCACUUCCAUUUAUAUCCUGAAUUCGCCCUCUAUUUCCACUUUAGCUGACCUCUGCUGUGUCUCUGCACACAAUACCAGCUAAUGUCCAGGGUAAUCGUAGGGGAGGGUCUAACAUCUGUAGAGUUUAGAACUGACAGUUGUCCUGAGAGAGGCCGGAGCAGGGAGACGGGCCUACAAAUCUGAAAAACAGUCUUUGUUCUGCCACCUGCACUGUCUGUGUGCUGCCUGCCCGCCUCUGACACUCAUUCACUCACACACACUCCUCGUUUCUCUCUUUUAGAUCAAAUAUGAAGGCAUUGAGAGAGCGCUUCUCAGAGACAUGUUUCACAGCAAGGUUGCUACUCGAUCCAUGACCACUUUCAUAUUUUGGGAUUUGUGUGUGUGGUGGUUUGUGACAACAAAAUAAUCUGGUUCUGUUGUGACACUAACAUUUCUAACCUCAAACUACAAGUUGCUUGGUAUUGUCGUAAGGACUGUAAGUUGUGCUGGAUGUCUUUUGUAUGUUUUGGGGGUGUUUCAGGCACGGUAUGCAGUUAAGUUGUCACCAUCCAGCCAAUUUACUCUUAUUAGAAGACAACAGGCUUACAUUUCUGCCUAAAAGCUAAUUAACCCAAUCUGUCCUGUCACCCGGCCGUCUUAUUCGAUGGAAGCAUUUUGUGGAGGUGUUGGUGGUCUUUCAGCUGAGGCCUGUGUUACAUGUCCUGUGUAAUCUGUUCCAGGUGCCUUUCCUGUGCCCCCUGGAGGGCCACAUCUACCUGAAGAUGCAGUGUGAGGUGGGCUCCCUGGUGGAGGAGAGAGGCUUCCUGGUGAGUACACGCAUGCAUCAGAUGCAGUGUAGACAUGGAGCCUAAACAUAGAUUUACAGAUCUACAUCCCCCAUGCCCUCAGGUAGUCAGACUAACAUUUUGUUAUUUCAAGGGGAGACGUUUGAGAUUUCACCUUGGACAGGCUUAAUCUUAAUCUGUAUUUUUUUUUGUUUUACAGACAAUGUUUGAGGAUGUGAGUGGGUUCGGAGCAUGGCACAGGAGAUGGUGUGUCCUGUCAGGAUACUGUAUCUCCUACUGGACCUACCCUGAUGACGAGAAACGCAAGGUAGGAGGAUGUUGAAGCCAACCUGCCGUCGAGCACUAUUGGAGCCUUUAGUUUUUAAUGAUAAGCCCAGUGAGCCUAUUUUUUUCAAUACUAUAGGACCAGUGGAAAUAAGCAUUCAGGUUUUAUUGUGGUUAUUCUUGGUUGUAAUGUACCAGUAUGUCAAUUCAUGUUGCUAACAAUUAUAGUAGCUUUAUCUAUUUUAAUUGUCAUUCAAUUUCUUUGGACGGGUGCAUGUCUUUCUAGAACCCAAUAGGUCGCAUCAACUUGGCCAACUGCACCAGUCGUAAGGUGGAGCCAGCCAACAGGGAGUUCUGUGCCCGGCCCAACACCUUCGAGCUGAUCACCGUCCGGCCUCAGAGAGAGGACGACAGAGAGACGCUCGUCAGCCAGUGUAAAAACACCAUGUGUGUCACCAAGUAAGUCACUGGUCGAAGUUGCUAUAGUACGCUGUGUUGUUUUGUAGGCAAGUACCUUGUGUGGAGCAAUUAUUUGAAGAUUGGCUGAUUUUAUGACAUUUGGCACACUGAAGCCCAAGUUUUCUAUUUUCUGCACUCUUCUCCCUGAAGUGAGCACUUGUUCACUCCCCCUCAAAUAUUUAAAAACAAUUGGAUGGGUGUAGGCAGUGUCUAGUGUUACCAUAUUUCUUAAACCAAUUCAAUGCCUUUAAAUACUUCAGGGAAGUGAACGAGUGCACGCUUCAGGGAGAAGGGAGGUAAACUGACUUGGGUCUCCGGUCCAGUAUACUGAAACUCAUAACAUGACUCUUUACGUGUACCUGCAGGAACUGGCUGUGUGCCGACACCAAGGACGAGAGGAACCUGUGGAUGCAGAAGCUCAACCAGAUCCUGGUGGACCUGCGCAUGUGGCAGCCAGACUCCUGCUACAGGCCUGUGUGA